UCUGCUUCACUCUCCUGAUCAACAGGGACUCCUUGUCUGCCUGAAAGAUGUCCUGCUCCAGCCUGUGUGCCCCUUCCUGUGGGGUGGCCACCCCAGCCCCGCUGGCUGACUCCUGCAACGAGCCCUGCGUGCGCCAGUGCCCCGACUCCACGGUGGUCAUCCAGCCCCCAGCUACAGUGGUCACCUUCCCCGGGCCCAUCCUCAGCAACUUCCCACAGCACAGCGUUGUUGGCUCAGCUGGAGUCCCCGCUGUUGCUGGGAGCUACGGAGGCAGCUAUGGAGGCUAUGGUGGCUAUGGAGGCCUUGGGGGCUCUUGGGGGUAUGGAGGCCUUGGGGGCUAUGGAGGCUAUGGAGGCUACUGGGGGUACGGAGGCCUUGGGGGCUAUGGAGGCUAUGGGAGCUGCGGAUACGGCGGCUGGCGCCGAGGCCACAGGUACCUCAGUGGCAGCUGUGGGCCCUGCUAAGCCUCACACUGCAGCCGACCUCAGAUGAAGAUCUCUGGAAAAGCCCCUGGCACAUCUCCACACAAAGCCUGAAGAAUGGACAAUCCCUUGGUGUUGUUGGGCUCCAGAACAU